GCCGGAGGCGACCGAGAGAGGCACCGGUAACUAGUGUCCCAGACUCGGGAAGUCUGAGACCUGCCGCUUUUUUGUGGGCUCCGCCCUUGAUCCACCCCACGGUAGUCCCGGGCCAGGCGGCGGAAUUCUCGGUCCUGGAAGCUGGGAACUCUCGGCCGUGCAGUUCCCGUGUAUCACAGAACUGCAAGAUAAGCCUGAUUUUUCAAGACUGUAUCUUCAUGUUCUUAAUCUGCCUUCUCAGGAAAGUCCCCUCCUAUUAGACAAGAGCCUGGAUAGAGGACUGUGUUGACUAUUGGAAAUAGCAAAGUCAUGUUCCAGGUAACAUUUAGUGAUGUGGCCAUAGACUUCUCCCAUGAAGAGUGGGAAUGGCUAGAUUCUGCUCAGAGGGAUUUAUACAAGGAUGUGAUGGUCCAGAAUUAUGAAAACCUGGUCUCUCUAGGCCUUUUCAUACCUAAGCCAUAUGUGAUCACUUUAUUAGAGGAUGGGAAAGAGCCUUGGAUGGUGGAUAAAAACCUGACAAAAGAUAUGUUUUCAGAUUGGAAAUUAAGAUGGGAAAACAAAGAAUUAUCAACGAAGGAGAAUAUUUAUGAUGGUGAUUCACCCCAAACGAGAAUUUCUGCUGAAGGGAAAUCACAUGUACAUGACAUAUUUAAGAAGAGUUUACCAAAAAAGUCCCUUAUAAAAACUGAGAAUAUCAGUGGUGGAAAGAAACUUUUGAAUACUAAUUUAAGUGUGGCAACCUUCAAUCAGAGCAAAUCUCUUACCCUUCACCAGACUUAUAAUAGAGAGAAAGUCUAUACAUGCAGUGAAUGUGGGAAAGCCUUUGGCAAACAAUCAAUCCUUAAUCGCCACUGGAGAAUUCAUACAGGAGAGAAACCUUAUGAGUGUCGUGAAUGUGGGAAGACUUUUAGCCACGGCUCAUCCCUUACUCGACAUCAGAUAAGCCACAGUGGUGAGAAACCUUACAAAUGUAUUGAAUGUGGGAAGGCCUUUAGCCAUGUCUCAUCACUUACUAACCAUCAAAGCACUCACACUGGAGAGAAACCAUAUGAAUGUAUGAACUGUGGAAAGUCUUUUAGUCGUGUUUCACAUCUCAUUGAGCAUCUGAGAAUUCAUACUCAAGAAAAACUCUACGAGUGUCGAAUAUGUGAGAAAGCCUUCAUUCAUAGGUCAUCUCUUAUUCACCAUCAGAAAAUUCAUACUGGAGAGAAACCUUAUGAAUGUAGUGAAUGUGGAAAAGCUUUUUGCUGUAGUUCACACCUUACUCGACAUCAAAGAAUUCACACUAUAGAGAAACAGUUUGAAUGCAACAAAUGUCUGAAAGUCUUUAGUAGUCUCUCAUUUCUUAUUCAGCAUCAGAGCAUUCAUACUGAAGAAAAACCCUUUGAAUGUCAAAAAUGCAGGAAAUCCUUCAACCAGCCCGAAUCACUGAAUAUGCAUAUGAGAAAUCACACUAGAUUGAAACCUUAUGAAUGCAGUAUAUGUGGGAAAGCAUUCAGUCAUAGGUCAUCUCUGCUUCAACAUCACAGAAUUCAUACUGGAGAGAAACCCUAUGAAUGUAUUAAAUGUGGGAAGACCUUCAGUUGUAGUUCAAACCUUACUGUACAUCAGAGAAUUCAUACUGGAGAAAAGCCAUAUAAAUGUAAUGAAUGUGGAAAAGCUUUUAGCAAAGGCUCAAAUCUUACUGCCCAUCAGAGAAUACAUAAUGGAGAGAAAUUCAAUAGUGCCAUAAGUGUGGAAAAACCUUUAGGUUAUAUGAAUCACUAUGUGUGAAAAAUCAUGUAAAAGAGAAAGUGUAUGAAUGCAGUAUUUGUUGUAAUACAAUUCAGCCAUUGAUCCUCCCUUAUUCAGCAUGAUAAAAUUUAUAUUGGAGAAAAAUCUUAUGAAUGUAAUGACUAUGGGAAGGUCUUUAGCAAUGGUACAAGCCUUAUUGUCCAGAGCUCACACUGUAGAGAGACCAAAUGAAGGCAAUAAAUGUGAGAAUGCCUUUGGCCAUUAUUAAUCCCUUAAUUGACACAAGUGAAUCCACAUUGUAUUUACUGUAUGGGAAUAUUUAUGAAUCCAACAGUAACAAAUAUGGGAAAGACAUCUAUAAAUACAUAAAACAAAUAUGGGAAAGACAUUAGGCAAUAUGAAUUUCUUAUGAAAAUGUACAAACAAAGCUUAUAUAAGAAAUCUAGCAAAGUGUUCACUAAGUUCUUACUUGCCUAGACAUGGAAUGUCUAGAACAACCUGAUGUUCUGAUGCUAGAACAACUGAAGGAUGUAGGAAUUAUGUGUAAAUCUUCGCAGUGAAGCUAUUUGUAAACAAUUUUACAGGAGAGCAAGCAAACAAGCAUAUUAUAAAUAAAUAUGCAUUUCUUAUAGCAGUAGCUUGCAAUUUUACUCAAGUCCUACAUAAAAAUUCUUUAGAUAUUUAGUCACCAAAUGAAUUGAGUAAAUGUUACAAAGUUGCAAAUUAAAGCUGCAAAAGA